ACAUGUACCUACCUAUAUUAAUAUACUCUUCCUAAUUCUUAUACCCAUCGGCCAGUGGUUUUAUUCUUUCAAUUUAACUUUUGUCAACUCAAAUUGUCAAGCACUUGUCAGGAUUCAGGAAUGUUAGGAAAGAUAAACAGCAAUGAGUUAAAGCCAAAAUUAUAAAAUGAACCAAUACGAGACGGAGAAACGUCUUUGCUGGGCCUACAGUUUAUUAGCAGUUUUACUUGGAGUAUCCAUAAUAUGUGUAGCCAUACCAUAUAACCAUUGGAGGGUAACCUUGGAUGUCUGUCCAGGCAACUGGCUAGAGAACACCAACUGUGGCUGUAUAUUGUAUGGUGUUAGCACAUUCCAGUAUUUUAAUGGUGGACGGGAUUCAUAUUGCUUGUAUACCAUCUUUGCCCCUCUUCCAAUAUUGGUAUAUGCCCUAGUUAUGGCAGUGUUUCAUAUGUACAGAGUUUGCAUUAAUAACAUAGGCAAAUAUGAAAGCGAAAAGUCUACUACUGUUGAAGAAAUUGAAGGAGAAUCAAUAAUAGUCACAUCACGGGCACGAGUUUCAGCGCAGAGUGAUGCAGUUAUAUUCUGUUGGAUACCAAACGCCUGUUUAGCAGCAGUGUUUGCAGUGUACAACCUUGUGCAUGCUGCAAUCAUGACCGAUGGGUUCUUCAAAACAUGUCAGCAAUACAGAGGAAACUUAGUCAGGCAACUUCACGCCACGGGAGACCAUGCAACCACAAUACACUUCCGUUUGUCUUGUCAAUCGAUUUUUGACUUUAUGGACUACAUCCAGAAGGACGCACCUAACAGCCGCAGGGGUACCUACAUCAACACUGGUAUUGCACUUCAAAUUGCACUGAUAACAACUUGGUUUGCAUUUUUUCUGUGGAUAGUAGUUGCCGCGCAUACAGCACUGAGGGCGUACAAAGAGAGAGAUGUUCUGACAUGUUGCGGUAAAUAAUUGCACAUUGGUGCCUAUUCUGCUCUACAUAAAUCUCUGAACUAAACAGAAUUGAUAUGUAAUGUGUACUAGAAGUAUUAAAUAUCGGCCCUUCCGGUACGACGUCGCGUAGAAACCGAUUACGGGAUCCCUAACAAGUUAGCCCGCUACCCGCUUAGACUGUGGACUAUGCAACACGCUGUAGCAUCUUAGACGGUGGUAAGUUAUGAUGCAUAACUUACCACCAGUUGAGAUUGCGGUCAAGGGCCAACUUGUACUGGUAUAUAAUAUUAUCAUUUGUUGUGAAGGGAAACAUCGUGAGGGAACCUGCAUGCCUGAGAGUUUCCCAUAACGUUUCAAGGGCGUGUGAUGUCUACCACUCCGCACUUAGCCAGCUUGAUGAACUACAGUACACUACAGCCUCAUGAUUCGAUGAUGACGAUGAGAACGUAUCAAAUGGAAAUCGCUUUUCUUUUAGACCCGUCAAUUUAUUUUACUUUAGAGCUUUGUGUACAACAGACUUGCCACUAAUGUCAGUUCAUAGAUAUAAUACGAAGUAUUUACACCUAUUAAUUAUUAAUAGGAACAAAAUUCAAUUUAUAAACAUAUAUACCUAUUAUAAUUUUGAGAAAGCAUGGUUCACAUGUUUGCUCCGACAGGCGUGUUUAAACCGAAUCAAUUGUUCAAAGAAGUAAAGAAGUUUUAAUCGCCGGCAGCGCGCAUGAAAAAGCAUGAGUCAUUGUCACGUUCCGCCUGAGCCGAGCGUGCAAGCGAGAGAGAGGCAUAGACGGGUCUAAGCGUUAAUGAGGUUAUCAUGUAAAAUAUGUAAACCAAUUUUCCAGACAACAAUUUUUUUCUUAUAUUUAAGGCACUAUCUCGUUUCGUUCCUUUAGUCCAGAAAUCAAUACGCAUAUAACUGCAGAUAAUUUUAAGCUUAAUGUGAUGCUUAGUUAAUUUGAGCAUGCUUUUCGUAAUUUUCCAUGUUUUUAAGUUUCGAAGAGAAAAAAGUACGCCUGAAUAUAUCCCACCAAUGCAUUAUAUAGGUAUACAGUUACUUUAUUAAUUAUAUUUUUAGAAUACUUUUUAUAAAAAUACUAGCUUUUCCCCGGGUUCUACGCGUUUAUUACAGUUUGAUUUCCAGGGAUAAAAUGUUACUAUCCGUCCUUU